AUGCUCUCUGUCACAACGCUUCUCAUCCUCCCUGUUGGGGUAGUCUCGUGGCUCUCUAUUCGCUUUGUCUUCCCGCUCUACCGCUCUCCCCUUUGGUCUCUACGAGGUCCAGCUGCUCCCAGUUGGUUCUACGGCAACUUCAAGCAGAUUAGCAACGUGCGGAAUGCCCUCCAGAUCCAGGAAUGGGUCGCCUCGUAUGGCUCAAGCUUUUUGGUCCACUGGCUUGGUAUGAUGCCCUGCCUGUGGACAAUCGACCCUACUACGAUCGCAUAUGUCAUGGCUCAGGCAUAUUCGUAUGAGAAGCCGAUGGAAGGACGCAUGCAGCUUGCUCGAGUCAUGGGGAAAAGCAUCUUGAUUACUGAAGGCGAACUACAUAGAAAACAAAGGAGAGCCAUGAACCCCGCCUUCGGCGUCGCUCAGAUCCGCAACCUGCAUGACGUUUUCAUAGACAAGGCUGCGGAUCUUCGAGAGCUAUGGAAGAGCCAGAUACUGGAGGAAGGUGGACGCGCUCGCAUGAAUAUCGUAGAUGGUCUGAGCAGCGCUACGCUAGAGGUUAUCGGCGUGGCAGGCUUCAACUACCAACUUGGCUCGCUGAGCGCUGCUGGGGAAACAAACGAACUUAAUCAAGCCUUCCGAACCAUUUUUGCGAAGCCGCCUAAGUUCUCACUGUUGCGCGUUGUCAUGGAAUUAUUCCCGAUCCUUGACGUUUUUCCCUCUGAACGUGUCAAGAAUAUCAAGGAGGCGAAGAAGAUCACUGAUCGCAUCAGCAUGGAGCUCCUGGAGGAGAGAAAGGCGGCGAUGCGUACAGAAACCACGACGGUCACUGAGGGUGUGGAGAGCAAGGCUGUGGCGGGCCGCGAUCUUCUCACUCUAUUGGUGAAAUCCAACAUGGCGAGCGACAUUCCGGACAGUCAGCGUCUCUCAGAUGAGGAAGUUCUUGCUCAGAUACCCACGUUUCUUGUAGCGGGUCAUGAGACGUCGAGCACAGCGCUUACUUGGUGCCUUUUCGCACUCACCCAAGCUCCGCACGUCCAGAACAAGCUCCGCCGCGAACUUCUUGCUGUCAGCUCUGAUAAUCCGUCACUAGAGGAGCUCGCGUCUCUUCCCUACCUCGACGCUGUCAUCCACGAGACUCUGCGCGUGUAUGCUCCUUUGGCAACGACGCUGCGUGUGGCAUCGCACGAUGAUGUCCUCCCCGUGAGCAAGCCUUUCAAGGACAAAUAUGGUAAACUGCAGCAUGAGAUUCGGAUCGCCAAGGGGAAUCGGAUUAUAGUGCCGAUCAUGGGCAUGAAUCAGUCGCAGGCGCUUUGGGGAGACGAUGCGCUCGAGUUCAAACCGGAAAGGUGGCUGGACCCCCCGGCCGGUGUUGAUGCCAUUCCGGGUAUGUGGGGAAACGUGCUUUCGUUCGGGUACGGUCCACGCGGAUGCAUUGGCUACCGCUUUGCUAUUGAUGAGAUGAAAACGUUUCUAUACACCUUGAUGCGCACCUUCGAGUUCGAACUUGACGCGUCGCCUGGUGAUGUCGCUCGUACAGGAACCCUUCUGCAGCGUCCGACCCUACUGAGUCAGCCGGACAAGGGCACGCAGAUGCCUCUCCUUGUCAAGGAACAUGUAGUGGCGUGA